AUGGAGGGGAAGCCUCCUUCUGACUCGGACGGGACAGGGGAGCCCCAGGAUUCGGAGCAGAGACAUCAGCAAGGAGGGGGCGACCAAAAGAAACAGAACGAGAACACAGCCUACGCCAAGAAGAUGGUGCUCAGGCUGGCAGGAGUGCUGGGGGUGGGCACUGCUGUCGGCAUGGUCUACAUAUUCGGCAGCCCUUCAGUAGACGAACAAGGAAACAAGAUCCCAGAUGAGUUUGAUCAAGACCCUUCAGUGCUGCAGCAACUCUGGAGAACGUAUGAGUCUUUUAAAGACUACAGGCAGAUGAUUAUUGAGCCUACAAGCCCCAAGCUCCUCCCGGACGUGCUCAAGGAGCCGUACUACCAGCAGCCAUACACCCUGGUGCUGGAGCUGACAGACGUGCUGCUGCACCCCGAGUGGUCAGUGACUACCAGCUGGCGCUUCAAGAAGAGGCCAGGCAUCGAGUAUUUAUUUCAGCAGCUGGCUCCUCUGUAUGAGAUCGUCAUCUUCACAGCUGAGACUGGCAUGGGGAGGGAGGGAGGGAGUACAGCUUUUCCUCUGAUCGACAGCAUCGACCCACACGGCUUUGUCAUGUACAGGCUGUUCCGAGACGCGACACGGUACAUGGAUGGGCAUCACGUCAAGGACGUGUCCUGUCUGAACAGGGACUCCUCGAAGGUGGUCGUGGUGGACUGUAAGAAGCAGGCGUUCAGUCUGCAGCCCUUCAACGGGCUGGCACUGCAGAAAUGGGAUGGCAGCUCUGAGGACAGGACUCUGUAUGACCUGGCAGCCUUUCUCAAGACGAUCGCUCUCAGUGGGGUGGAUGAUGUGCGCUCGGUGCUGGAGAACUACGCCCUGGAAGACGAUCCCAUCGAGGCUUUCAAACGCAGACAGGCCCAGCUCGCCCAGGAGGAGCAGAGCAGAGUUUCGGAGCUGAGCCAGCAGAAGCAGCAGGGCCUGUCCCUGGGCUCCAUCGCGGGACGCUUGUGGGGCAGAACCAAGCAGCAGUGACCUCACUGCAGCAUGCCGGCCAACCACAGACCUCCUUACUGAGCAGCCAGCCAGCCAACCGGGCACCGCGGGAGGGGAAAAAGAAGCAAGGAAGGAGGCAGGCUAAGGGCCGCUCCACCGUCCAAUCGGGUCCCAGCCCAGUGUUGAUGUCACAAUAGGGGUGGGCGGGACUCUGGGAGGCAGAUUUCUUUUUUCUCUUGCAUAAUUUUAAUUAUUUUUUUUAUUUUGCGAAAAACAGAAAAGAUCUGAAACUGAUGGCAGUUUGAGACUCUGAAUGAUCCUGGAAUGAGCGACCCUGCUCUGUAGUCUUAUUCUCAUCCCUGCUCACACGCACAUGCACAGACUGACCCCGGCAAGCCGGUGCUACACUCCAGCCAAGCAGCGACAUCGCCCCACACAUCCUCGGCACACGGACCAAUCGGAAACGUGCUGCUGUCAGCUCCGUGCGACGGAUUGGUUGAACCGAAUGCGCGUUAGAAACGCGAUCACGCAAGAAACUCUGCAGCAGCUCAAACUGCUUUGCAGCUGAGGUCUUUCCUUAGACCCAGCUUUAGGGAUCGGGGUCCUCCUAAGCUGGUAAUCAACUGGGUCCCCUGUGCCCAGAGAAUCCAACCCGCCUUGGGCGUCUUAUCUCUUAAACUGCUGUAAUGGUACAGUACAACAAUUCAGGACAGUACAAUUCAAAAUGCAGGUCUUUAUGGUUGUGUAGUUUUAUUUUUUUGUAUUUUUCGCGAGAGGCAGUAUUCGAUGAUAAUAAGUAGUGAUAUUGUAAUGAAGCCUGCAAAGAUUCUGGACUCCAUGCAUUCAUUCAUUCUCUCUCUCUCUCUCUCUCUCUCUCUGGUUUGCAGUAGCUUGUUAAAGUGUUUAAUUAAACAAAAAAAAAUGAUAAUAAAGUUCCUUACAAAAACUUAAUUGUAAUCUCAAGAUUAUGUAUGAUUUUGCAUUUUUUCUUUGCAGAGAUCCUGAGAAUACGCCUCUGAAUCACGGACCACGGGGGGGGGGGACAGAAAUUCUCUUCCCACAGUUAGUAAAGAAAGGGAACUGAAGCUGGGGGGGGUUUGAGGAAGGAAGCCUGGGUACGUGUCCUCCAGUUCAUACCAACUCGGAAAUGCAUCUUUCUUUUUCCCACGUGAGUCCACCCUCUCUGACUGCCGUUUCUCAAAGUCCUG